CAGUAUGGUUUAGAAGCUGUGCUGACGUGCUUUUAUUUUCUACUGAGUGUGAAAAACGCUGCCCUGUUUGACAGCAAGGUAGCUAGCGGUAUGCAUAGUUGUUUAGGGGGUACGCGCUAGGGCUACCUAAAUGAGCACGACUCGAGAGUGUGUGCACUCUGUCAGUUAGGUUCCAAUUUCGACCAGUCUAGAUUGAAGAGAAGACCUCCGCGCAGCCAUCACAACUUCAGCUUCAACGUCCAGCGGAACGGAGAAUGGACAGCUAUCAGGCUAGCUAGGUGGAUAUCCGUACUAGGACAACGACAUUUAGGGAGGAAAUGUGCUAGCUAGCUGGUUCGUGUGAGACGACGGUUUCCUGUUUUCCAGGUUGAAUCGACAGUAACUGUUAACAUCUGGAUUAAGAACAUACGUUAGGUGAGGUGGAGAGAUGCAGACUUUUUUGAAAGGCAGGAGAGUGGGCUACUGGCUCAGCGAGAAGAAGAUGAAGAAGCUGAAUUUUCAGGCCUUCGCUGAUUUGUGCAGGAAAAGAGGAAUAGAAGUGGUCCAGCUGGACCUGAGCCAGCCCCUGGAGGAGCAAGGUCCCCUAGACGUCAUCAUCCACAAGCUGACCGAUCUGAUCCUGGAGGCUGACCAGAACGACACCCAGUCAGUCCUGCUGGUGCAGAGAGUGCAGGACUACAUUGAGGCCCACCCUGAGACCAUCGUGCUGGAUCCCCUCCCAGCCAUCAGGACCCUGCUGGACCGCUGCAAGUCCUACCAGCUCAUCCACAGGAUAGAGGACUGCAUGCAAGAUGAGAGAAUCUGCUCUCCCCCGUUCAUGGUUCUGAACACAGAGUGUGGUCCAGAUACACUGGAGAAGAUUGAGAAGCAUGGACUCACUUUCCCAUUUAUUUGCAAAACACGAGUAGCCCAUGGAACCAACUCCCACGAGAUGGCCAUCAUCUUCAGUGAGGAGGACCUGAAGGAUGUGAAGCCUCCGUGUGUGAUCCAGAGCUUCAUCAACCACAACGCGGUGCUCUACAAGGUGUUUGUGGUGGGGGAGUCCUACACACUGGUGGAGAGACCCUCCCUCAAGAACUUCCCCGCUGGACCAGCAGACAGAAAAGCAAUUUUCUUCAACAGUCAUAAUGUAUCAAAGCCAGAGUCCUCUUCAGACCUGACCUCUAGGGACAACGUGGAGGGGGUGUCCCAGCCACCCAGUGAUGAUGUCAUCAGAGCGCUAUCCAGGUCCUUGCGACAGGCGCUGGGCGUGUCCUUGUUUGGCAUCGACGUCAUCAUCAACAACCUCACGGGCCAACACGCCGUCAUCGACAUCAAUGCAUUCCCUGGUUACGAGGGUGUCCCAGAGUUCUUCAACGACCUCCUGACCCACAUCACCAGUGUGCUUCAGGCUCACUCCCCCGACAGCCCCCCAGCCAGCGGGCAGCCCAAAAGCCUGGCAUCCAGCCAUAACCCCAGCGCUACGGUGCCUACAGCCCCGACCCCGGACUCCCCAGGCUGCUGCAGCAUGCUGGGGAAGGAGGCCAGCAGCAGCCCCUGGAUCGUGGAGGGGGAUGGGAACCUGAAGGGCCCCCGCCAGAGACUGGGCUGUAACUCAGCCAUGUCCCCCAACUUCCAGCAACACUGUGUGUCCACGAUAGCCACAAAGGCUUCCUCCCAAUGACUGCCAUCCUCUUCCCCCUUAGCCCCCACCCUGUUCUAACCGCGAACAAAAACAGAUGAUGAUAAUGGUGACGAUAAUGAAUAAUAAUCAUAAUAAUUAUGAUAUUAAGUAUAAUAUAUCUGUAAUCUAAAACCAACUUUUUCUAUGUAGAUCUUGAUGGUGAUUGGGUCUUUGAUCUUUUCUUUUCUGCCUUUUGGAUUUUUUUUAUUUGGUUUAAUAAGACUUACAGUAAUGUGAACUUUUGGGAACUCUGCUUGCUUAAUUGCUGAUUUAGUUUCUCUCUGUGAAAUCUCUAAUCAAGUGGUCCACAUGAGGUGGUUGGGGGACUAGCCAUGUCUGACCUUUGACUGCAGCAGUAAAGAAAAGGGCAAUUAAACAUAUGCUCCAGGCACAUUCACACAUUUCCUGCAUUUAAACUCACUAGUGAUGUGUGUCUGAAUGCCACUCUGUCAUGUGUGGUUAGGGUAGAAGGGAUGUAUGGCUAGAGGAUUGUCUGUAUUCUAAUACUCCUCCACUGGUUUGGACCAGCUGCCUGAGCUAACUGACUUAAAGCAGAAGAGCCCACUGUCAUUUCCAAAGUUGCAAGAAAGUCAUUGGGAUCUUGGUGGACAUUAGAUUAGGGCUGGGCGAUAUCUAUCGUCUUUUAAGGUAUACCGGUAUGGAUCCUCAUACCAGUAUGGAUUUUUACAAAACCGUCUAACACGUCAAACUCAUUCUACGGAGGGUCGAGUGUCUGUGGGUUUUUGCUCCUCCCUUGUACUUGAUUGAUGAAUUAAGGUCACUAAUUAGUAGUGGGGUGGCAGGUAGCCUAGUGUUUAGAGCAUUGGGUCAGUAACCGAAAGGUUGCUGGAUUGAAUCCCCGAGCUGACAAGGCAAAAAUCUGUCAUUCUGCCCCUGAGCAGGGCUGUUAAUUCACUGUUCCCCGGACGCCAAAGACGUGAAUGUCGAUUAAGGCAGCCACCCCCCCCGCACCUCUCUGAUUCAGAGGAGUUGGGUUAAAUGCGGAAGACACAUUUCAGUUGAAGGCAUUCAGUUGUACAAC